CACCCUCUCUCUCUCUCUCUCUACCCGCUGCUCGGACUUUGAGAGCCUCCGGUGCGGCUCUUUGACCAGCACGUCUCGCGCCUCCACGCCGGACCAUGAGGCUUCUCGCGUGGACCGUCACUGCACUUCUGCUCAUCUUCUCUCCAGGGCUGCUGUCGCUCUCGCUCCGCCGCCCCUCUCUGCCCCGGCACGUGCGGGACUUCGGUGUGGUCCGACCUGUCCGAGUGUCCAUCCGGGCUAAGCGGAGCCUCGCCGAGCACCAGGAAUAUCCUGAAGAGGUCAAGUAUGCACUGACCAUUGAGGGGAAGAACUACACUCUCCACCUUGAAAAAAACAGGCUUCUCAUUGGAAAGCAAUACACAGAGACACACUAUUUGGACAAUGGAACCAGAGUUACUGUAUCACCAAAUUAUGAGGAUCACUGCUAUUACCAUGGACAUGUUCAGGAUAUUAAAGAUUCGUCAGUGAGUGUUGGCAUCUGCUCCGGAAUAAGGGGUUUCGUGAGGGCCAAGCGGUCAGUGUACUUGAUCGAACCCUUGGCUGGCUCUGUGGAUGGAGACCAUGCCAUCUAUAGACACGAGAACCUAAGGAGCAGGAGAGCCACGUGUGGCAACACCAAUGACACCUAUUAUGACCAUGAACCCCGAGUCUCUAGGGUCUAUAAAGCCAGUGGCUGGAAAAGCAAACCUAUGGUUCAUGAGCAAAGGUUCGUGGAGAUGUUUUUGGUGGUAGACAAUGCAGAGUACAGACACUAUAUGAGAGACAUGCAUGUUAUAAAGGCUCGAAUGUUGGAAAUCGCAAAUCAUGUUGACAAGUUAUACAGGCCCAUGAAUAUUCGUGUCAUGCUGGUGGGCUUAGAGAUUUGGUCUUACAUGGACAUGUUUGACGUCAGCGCUGAUCCUGAUGACACUCUGACAAGAUUUAUCCAGUGGCGGAAGAACACCUUGUUGAAGAAUACAAAACAUGACAAUGCACAGUUUAUCACGUACGUAGUUUGCACCGGCGACACUGUAGGCUUGGCGAAUAAAUUCGCAAUGUGUCGGGAUGAAUCUGGUGCAGUCAAUCAGGAUCACAAUGAGAAUCCUUUUGGGGUAGCUUCAACCAUCGCUCAUGAAAUGGGACACAACUUGGGACUGUCCCACGAUGCCACUUACUGUGACUGCAGGACAUCAUACUUAAGUAAAAACUGCAUUAUGGCAGACCGUGUUGGAAAAAACUACCCGGAGACCUUUAGCAGCUGCAGUCAGGAAGAGUUGAAGAACUUUCUGGAGAAGAUCAACCCCCAGUGUCUGCUGGACAAACCAAGUCCAGACAAAUUAUAUGGGGGUCCAGUCUGUGGCAAUGCUUUCCUGGAGCCAGGGGAGGAGUGUGACUGUGGUACUGUGGAGGAGUGCACCAACCCCUGCUGCAACGCCACCACCUGCCGUCUGACAAAAGGGUCCCGCUGUGCACAGGGGGAGUGCUGUGAGAGCUGCCAGUUCAAGCAAGCCGGAAGUCUCUGCAGAAGCCCAGCUCAUGACUGCGACUUGGCCGAGUACUGCACAGGCAGUAGGGCCGAGUGUCCCAGUAACGCGUUUAAAAUGAACGGGCUACCCUGCAAUCAUAACCAGGGGUACUGCUACAAUGGUCAAUGUCCCACGCUGGAGCAGCACUGUGAAAAGCUGUGGGGUUCAGGUGCACGACUUGCUCCGACGACGUGUUUUAACCAGAAUAUGCAUGGUACUAAGGAUGCUUAUUGUGUUAAGACUAGGAAUCUAUACCAAGGAUGUGCACAGAAAGAUAUAAAAUGUGGCAAGCUAUUCUGCACUGGAGGGUCCGAAUUUCCCAUAACUCGCCAAAAGGCCAUACUCUGGGUUCAUGGUGUGCAGUGCAAUAUUGUUGUGGAUCAGUCUGAAACAGAAGACAUGGGAAUGGUCCCAACAGGAACCAAAUGUGAUCAUAAUAAGGUGUGCUAUGAAAACGUCUGCCAGGACGUUCAGCUUUAUGCUACAGAGGGAUGUUCAGCAAAAUGCCACAAUCAUGGGGUGUGUAACCAUCAGAGGCAGUGCCACUGCGAUCCCGGCUGGGCUCCGCCCUACUGUGAAAGGAAAUAUUCCGACACAGGUAGUUCAUGGGAUGGAGAAGACACUGAAAAGGCAAAGAUAGAAGGCAAGAACACGGUGGUGAUCAGCGUGUCAGUGACAAUAGGAAUCCUUAUAUUUAUCACCCUUGUUGUUGGAGGACUAAUGUGCUGCAGAAAGUCUCGAAAAGAACAGUACUUCAGUAAAAAGAACAUGCCAAGUACCUCGGGCCUUUCAAACCCGCUGUUCAGGGAUGCCAAUGCAAAGGGCAAUCCUUGCAGUAGGUCCGCUGACAUCAGCCAGCCAACCUUUGUGGAAUCCACAUUCACUCAGCCCUGCACACCACUUGCGGUCACUGUUCCUUGCCACCCCCCUCCAGAGCCUCCCAAGAAAGUACCAAUGAAACCACCAGUAAAUACAGACCAGCCAGAAACUCCACCUCUGAUUUCCCAAAACAAAGUACAAUGUUCACAGGCUAAACCACCACCUCCUACAAAGCCUUUACCACCACUUACUGUGAAACCAGCCAGACAACCAGAGCCACCCCCACCAGUGCCUUUAAUGAAGAUGAAAGGACUGAAAACUCCAGAGACCCAAUCUCAGGACAUACCAGUGAAAGGGAAGGUUGCGCUGAAGCCCCCUGCCAGGCCCAGAUGACAAAUGGAAAGAAGUAACAGGAGUGAUCCACUGAACUUCCAACACAGACCCAUUAACCACAUUCAUGUGUAGAUGCAGGAACAAUGUUCUCAUAUCUGUGGCUUGGCUUUGAGGAUCAUGCACUGAAGAGUGUGUUGGGAAAGAAUGAGCAAUCACGUUUUGGAGCUAUGUAGUUCUAUGCACUAUGCACAGACUUUUUCCUCAUUAAUUUCUUAGUAUUUGUUAACAAACAUCCAGUUUUGGAGUGCUUUUGCUGUAUUUAUUGCCCCAGUGUCUAUUUUCUCAUUUUACUUGCUUUCAG